UGCGCGCUGUGAUCCGCCCCUGUUGGCAGCGAGUUCCGGCGCGCAGACAAAAGUUUCUCCUGACUUUUUCCCAGCACUGAAUUUCUUGCAUACUUGCCCAGCAGCACUCGUCCUGAGCGUGGUAGCUUGCAGCCUCCCGAUAGUUGCGGAAUGCCGUUAGCCGAGCUGGCCCCAGCUGAUGACACCGUUUUGUUGCACCUGGAGUUACGUAGUUGGAAGAGCGGUACACAGCGAGAGGGGUUGUGAAAAGGGACGGCAGGGGGCUUAAGUAGAAGGGGGGACCCAAGCAGAGGGGGAACCCGUGCAUUGUCUGCUUCAGCGGGACGCUAACUUGGCGUGAGAGAGAAAGUCUGUCUUUGUAACGUCUCCAGGGAUGGAUCGCAUAGGAGAGAAAGCCAGCAAGCUACUAGGCAGACUAAAGCUCUCGGAUUCUGGUAGUGCCAAGUUCUCCAAGAAAAAAGAUGAACUGUCUACUCAGGACGCCUCAAAAAAGGGUUCUGGUUGUGCAGAUUCGGGACUCAAUUGUGUUAAUGAGGAAAAGACCAUGCAGAAAACUGUACCUGCAGAACCUACCCCCAUUUGUGACAAGGAUGUAAGAGCUUCUGUGCGAAAAGUGACUGCCCCAAGCAGUAAAGCAGGAGGUGGCUUGGAUUCGGUGGUGCUGACCCCAGCUCCACAAAGUGGAGAAGUUCAAGUGUCUGAGAGCAGUGUUGUCCCCAUUCUCCGAGAAUCUAACUUUGUAGAAAAAGGCAAACGAUUCUCGUUGGAGAUGCACAGAUACAGCACUGGGGAAUUUGGAGGAGUGGAAGGUUUGUCUUUUGAUCGCAAUAAGCGUUAUUCUUUGGAAGCGCCUCAUUUUCAUCACGGGAACAUGGACCAUAUGGACACUCCUGCAGUUGAACAAGAUAAGAGAUGCUUGAUAGAAACCAGGCAUUCCUCUAAUACUGUUGCAGAGAUGCUUGAUCAUUUAAAACAAGGUCAUCAUAUGGGUUCUGCAGGACGGUAUCAGCCCACCAGCCCUCAGGGAAGUUUGGUUAUCACCUCAGAUGUUCCGGUUGGAAUGACCUGCCCUCCUGGGUAUGAAAAAUACCCAAGCAGUAUGUACUUAGAGAGAUUUUCCAGCCCACGUUCAAGUCUGCUAUUAUAUGAUGGUAUAGUGAGUCCACGAUCAAGCUAUGCCAGCACAGCUAGUGACACCAGCAAGCAUUCCAGCCCACGGACUAGUGGCAACUUUGACUGUGGUAGCCGCCCUAGUAGCAAUCGUACUAGUGGGAUUAGUAUUGGCUAUGACCAGCGUCAUGGAAGUCCGCAGUCAAGUUCUGGUGGUCAGUAUUCCUUCAGUCCGCGGUCAAGUGUAAUUGAGGCUAAACAUGGGCUUCCUGCCUAUCGGGAUUUUGAAGUACCAUUUCAACGUCCUUGCAGUCAGAGGACCAGUGCCAACAGCCAGGAGAGUCGGCAUUCUUACCCACCAGCAUUGGGCAGUCCAGGGGCUCUUAUCCUUGAACCUUACUAUGGAUAUUUGUCAGACCAUGUUCCACAAGUGGCCCGCCAUUCACUGACAGGCUACUUAGAAUACCAUACGUAUGGUCAAUUCCGUGCAGGAAUGAGAUGCCAGGAAGAACUGUCAUUGUUGCCAAAUGAUAAAGAUCAGUUCAAUGGCUUCCAUCCCAAGGUCUCUGACCAGCUAGGAAAGGUGGGGCAGACACCAGUUAUCAUGUGUGAGCCUUCCAAACCUGGAGUCAAAGGAGUCCCGGGUUCUGAAAAGACCAACAUUUUCCAUCAGGUGAGCUCAUCACAGGUCAGCCCCAUCUUAAGCAAACCUCAGGAGCUGCCUCAUGUACAGAGUCAUGACCUGGAAGUGAAAGAGGAAUACUUUGGUACCUGUGUAAAAUGUGGGAGAGGAGUCUACGGAGCUAGCAAUGCCUGCCAAGCCAUGGACAACCUGUUUCAUACAAAAUGCUUCUUGUGCUGUUCGUGUGGGAGGACACUACGGGGAAAAGCAUUUUACAAUAUAAAUGGAUCUGUUUACUGUGAGGAGGAUUAUUUGUUUUCAGGUUUCCAAGAAGCUGCCGAGAAGUGCUGUGUUUGUGGACAUCUGAUUCUUGAAAAGAUUUUGCAGGCACUGGGAAAACCAUACCAUCCUGGCUGCUUCCGAUGUGUCGUGUGCAACAAGUGUCUUGAUGGGAUCCCAUUUACUGUGGAUAUCUCAAAUAAAGUCUACUGCGUCACUGACUACCACAAACUGUUUGCUCCAAAAUGUGCAGCAUGUUGUCAGCCAAUUCUUCCAGCGGAGGGUUCAGAGGAAAUACUGCGGGUUGUUUCUAUGGAUCAGGAUUACCACUUUGAAUGCUAUCAUUGUGAGGACUGUGGUAUGCAGUUAAGUGAUGAGGAAGGUUGUCAAUGUUUUCCCCUUGAUGGUCAUCUGCUGUGUCAUAACUGUCACAUCUGUCGUAUCACUGCAACCAAGACUCCACUGACCUACAUUUAAUGGUGCAACAGGCAUGUACAGGCUGAUAUUUUCUCUCCUUGACCCCAUCUUCCCAAGAACAGGAUGGUACCUCAACAUCUAAUGUCUUUGGGCAAUUGGGAGAACAGAGGGUUUGUGGACUGCAUAUUGGUAAUCCCAAAAUGUUAAGACUAAAGGCAGAGGAGUGCACUCGUGACCUUUCAACCAUGCUGACUACUAUACGUUCCCUUUUUGGGUGUAGACAUUUUCAUUCCAGAGGGAAUUCCUUCCAACACAGAGUAAAAGGGAGGGACUGAAAACCGAAAGACUUGUAUUCCAAGUACUGCACUUUUUUGUUGUAGAUUUGCAGUGUACAUUUUAUAUAUCUUUUUAUUUUAUUUUGUUAAAUUGAGAAAAAAAAACUACAUGACUGAAGCUCAUGGCUUUUGCUGGAUGUUUGCUGUUAUUUUCUGAGAGGGCCUGUUUCACAGCACAGUAAGUCAAGGUUCCUUUGGCAUAUUAAACUGUGUGUGAACACUGUGCAGCAUGGGAGUUAUGUUUAUGUAGGGAAGGCUGUUCAAUCUACAGAAGUACAUAAUGAAAGCCUUCACACUGCAGACCCAUGCAUUCAUCAUAAGAGCUGUCACAGGUGAAGAUACUGAAUGCGUUAUUGCAGAUGAACAGUUUGUGGCUUCUUGCUGGAUGUCAAGAACAGCACUUUAAAAACAGGCAGCUAGAACCGUAUGCUGCCUCUCUCUGUAUUUUUCAGUCAGCACCAAACAUUCCAUAAUUCUUUUGAGGACUUGAGACUUUUUGUAGUUAUACUGUUUGGAGCAGGGUGGCGUUAAAAAGUUAUGAUGUGUAUAGAUGGCUUUGUAUAACUUUAUUUUUUAGGCAGUCUUUUUUUUUUUUUUUAUUUAAUUUUAGAGGAGUUUUGGCCAGGAAGAGAGUCCAACUGAAGCUUCUUUCUGUGUAUGUGUGGUCUUGGAGACAUGAUGGUGUAUGUAAUGUGCAAACACCAGUGGUGAGUUUCUUACCUAGGCCUACUGGAUGAUGGGGUUUACAGUUAUGUGGCCUGAUCACUAGUCUGUACUACUGUUUUCUUAUCCAUAGAUACUGAUCAGCUAUUCAGAGUAUAUGGCCAACUAACCACAGUUUGUUUUGAAUGCAAGGCCAUGAAAUGUGAUGUCAUUAUUUAUUUAUUUCUACACUGCCAAUUAGUUAAAGAGAAUCAUUUCAGUAUGAACUUUCAUGUAAAAGCUCUGCCAUUUUGUGAUGUGCCACAAUUUUCAGAACAAACUGUCAACCGAGACUCACUUAAAAAUAAACUAAACCUAAAAUUCA